AUCAGUUAUGCAACACCAGGAUUUUCAGGCAGAGUGGGCUAAAAGGUCAGAGGACAAGAAAGGCUUGUCCACUCCUAUUGAGCUUCCUUACUUCCUUACUCGUAACAAUCCACUACUCCUGCUGAGGAAUAUUAUUCUGUCCCUGGUUUGCUCUCUACAGGGAAAGACAAGGGCUCAAGAUUAAGAAAAAUGCAUGAGUCACCCUUAGGCCUUCACCAUUGCAGCUAUUAGUAGUGCUUUUCAUCCAAUUAAUAAAAGCGUUGAUAAAGCUUAUAAUGUUGUAGUUUUUGUAUGGUCAACAAGUACUGCGUUGAUGCACUGUACUGCAGACUGCAUUAUACACUCAGCGGCCACUUCAUUAGGUUCACCUCUGGAUAUUCACCAUCACUAUGACCUCAGUGCGAAAGUAAAUUAACUUUAUGACAGUGUUAAAAAAACAUCAUUAACAUCUUGGUUGUUUCUGAUUACAUGAGACUGUACAGUUGUAUAAAGUGGCCACUGAGUCCGCCUCCCUCUGCAGCCUGGAGAAGAUCUGGGCUCUGACCUUUGCCCCCCGGUCCUGCAGGGGGCGGUAGUUCCCCACAUUGAACACUUUGCGUGGCUCGGUCUCAUGUCCGUGUUUACAAGCGAAGCGUGACGUUCAGGGACUCGCACUAAUACGCCUCCAAGCGCAACUAAAAGCUGUUCAUUUCCUGUAAAAAUGUGCAAAAUGCUGUCACUGAAGGCUUUUCUCAGCGAGAGGCUGACGGCGGCAGCGGAGGAGAUAUUUGGAGCUGUUGAAAAGACAAUAGCCGAGUACAAAGAGGAGAUCUGUCGCUCCAAAGAUUUAGAAAUCAGUCGUCUCAGGAUGCAGCUGAAGCUCCUCAAGUCAGACCCUCGGGCAGAUAGAUGUCUUGGAGCCCAGCUGCAGCAGCACACCCAUCACCACCACCAUCACCAUCCUCCUCCUCCUCAUCAGCAGCACCACCAGUCAGUCCCUGCUGUGGAGGCUCCCGAGUCCCAGCACUGUGAGGAGGAUGAGGGCAGCAGCAUGGAGCAGGAGCACCCGGAGCCCUCACAGAUCAAGAAGGAGCAGCAGAAGAGCCACAGGGAUUUCUGGAUGGGUCACGACGCGGAGCAACUGGACAGCCUUGAGUCAGACAUCAAAGACUUCAUCUCAUCUCCUGCAAGUCUUAAAACCAGUCUGCAGGACACCACGUUACCCUUCCACCCCUUCCACAACAACAACAGCAACAGCAGCAGCGAGGACAGUAAAGAAAAACCCUACAGCUGCUCUGUUUGCGAGAAGCGUUUCAGUAACUGCUCCCACCUCGCAGCUCACAUCAGGACACACACGGGGGAGAGGCCAUACAGAUGUGAAAUAUGCAGAAAGACUUUUAUCACAACGAGCGCUCUGAACAGACACCAGACCAUCCACACCGAGGGGAAACACUUUGUGUGUAAUUACUGUGGUAAAUCCUUUAAAUGGAUGGAGUCUCUUGGCAGACACAUGCGAAGUGUUCACAAGAGGGAAAAUAUGCCUGUAUGACACUCUGCAGCUGGACAUUGAAAACACACUCGUCCAAUAGAUUAGAUAUGUUGUUAUUAUGUAUUAGUCAUCUAUGAUUUAAUUAUAUAAAAUAGGUGCAAACAAAGAAUGUAAUGUCUGUUUUCUAUCAUUAGUUGUGAAUUAUGUUGUUAAAUGUGCAUGGACCUGAUGAAGCCUUGUGUACAAAAACACUAGCUGCAGUAACUUAUGUGUAAAUAAACUGUCGGAGUACCCUAAAGUUUUUUUUUUUUUUUUUUGUAAAAAAACAAAACAAAUUACGGCCAAUUUAUUCUUACAGAAUAAAGUCCAAAUACUCAAAGUACUCUGGUAUGGUUCAAUGUUUUCUGCUUUCUGAAGCAUAACAUUAGAAAAGGGAGGCUGCACUGUGCUCCAGUAGGUGGCAGUAACAGCAUUUCAUUCAUAAUUUCUACAACAUCUAGACUAUUUGUUAGUGUUCAGGCCCUAGUGUCUAAUGUAGUGAGUGUGUGCUUCCUCUCUGGGAGCUGCAGUAAUCUCAGCCUGUAGUCUCUUUUUCACAAUAAGAAAACAUUAAAAAAGAUGAAGAUGGUAUGAUCGACACACGCAGUAUAUUUCCUUCACCUAAAUAGUUAUAAGAAUAGUAUAACGACCAGAUUAAAUGGAUCCAUGAAAGGGAGAUAUCCAGGAUACAACCACAGACCAUUUAAAAUUAAAAUUUUACUUUGGAAUCAAAUAUUUAAAUGCUAUGGGGAUUUUUCUCCAAUCUUUCCCAUGUGAGAAGUUUCUGUCUACUGUAAGUGAGGACAUAACUGUGAAGAGAAGUAACCUCUCUUUCCCUUCUUUUUAUUUACUCACAAAUUACAUUUUGUUUUGGAAAAAUAAUCUCACUUAACGUUGUCUGACGGUAUCAUAUAUAGUUUCCUGUAUCAGCUUCUUCCAGCGCUUCAUCGGUUCCAAACUUUCAUGGAAACUAUCCGAUUUCUACACUGAAAUAUUAAAAUCCAAAACUCCAUGUUUUUCAAAUGGAAACAUUCUAGUUGUCUGGUGCAUUAAAAAAAAAAAAAAAAAACUCAAUUCCAUAAAAAUUCUGCUUGACAUACUGUAAUAGAUGU